AUGGCUAGACUUCCACCUUGUCGAGUCGCUGCCUACACGCGACCGUUUACACAUUGCGGAUUGGACUACUUCGGUCCUCUAGAGGUGGUAGUGGGCCGCAGAGUAGAAAAACGAUGGGGUGUGUUAUUUGUUUGCCAGACUACAAGAGCUAUCCAUUUAGAAAUCGCUCAUCAGUUGAAUACAAGUUCCUGUAUAAUGGCAAUCCGAAAUUUUGCGUCAAGAAGAGGAACGCCUGCUGCCUUUUACAGUGACAGAGGAACGAACUUCGUAGGAUCAUGUAGAGAGCUCCGAGAAACCCUGAAGAAGGUUGACGAAAAUCAGGUUGCAGCAGAAUUCACUACUCCAAGUACCUCGUGGGUAUUUAACCCCCCAGCGACCCCACAUAUGGGAGGAAGCUGGGAACGACUCAUACGUUCAGUAAAAAGAAUAUUGCCUCUCUUGCGCAUAUCCAGGCGACCAACUGAUGAAGAACUACGCAACGCCUUUGCAGAGAUCGAGAACACGCUUAAUGGAAGACCGCUCACCUAUGUUCCUCUAGAUCACGAUUCUCGUACAGCGCUCACUCCUAAUCACUUCCUACUAGGAAGCUCGAACGGUUCUAAACCUCUGACGGAUAUCAACAGCGAUGGAAUAUCUUUGAGACGAGGCUGGCAGGUGUCGCAAGUCAUCGCCAACCAGUUCUGGAAGCGUUGGAUACGCGACUAUCUACCAGAAAUCACCAGGCGAAGUAAAUGGUAUGAACCGGUUAAGCCCAUCGAAGUUGACGACAUAGUGAUUAUAGUUGAUCCUGAUUUGCCGAGAAAUUGUUGGCCUAAAGGACGAGUUAUAAAGAUCAUCACAGACGGCGAUGGACAAGUUAGACGUGCAUGGGUGAAGACGAAAACUUCUGUUUAUGAGAGGCCUGCUGUUAAGAUAGCUGUGCUCGAUGUAGGUGACAACGAUACGUUAGACCAUCACCCUCUGCUCAAGACCCGCCGAAUGGCCGAGGAACCUUCACUGGGUGGCUCUCUUUCAUCGACCGGGCAAGGUGUUGAACAGUAA